AUGGACGUUACUCCCUUGUCGGCAGGAAGUACGCAGCAACAACAACAACAACACGUCCAACAGCAGCAACAGCAGCACCUCACGUUAGUACGACGGCGUCAACAACAGCAACAAAACACAUGGAAACUACUGGUGGUCGGCCUAAUGAACGUGCUGAACGUGGGCGUACCGCUGGCUCGGGACUCUGCUGGCGACGAUUAUAUUUCUAUCUGGUCACCACUUGGUUCCGUUCUGGAAGACAUAUUGUUCCCAAAAAACUUGCCCCCAGCUUCCGCUAUGUUGAAAAGCAACAAAUUGGUGGACGACAACGACGAGAACGAUUCCGUGAUAAUCGACUGUCAGCUGGUGGAGUUCCUGAAGGAUGAAAUACUGUCGCAGUCAACCAACGUACCUCGGGAGUUCAUAAUGCGAGUGGUGGUGUUGCUGAACCGAGGCUCGGUGUUGUCCACGACUACCGCGUCAACAUUGCCCAACUAUCCUUACGGUGGUGGAUAUGAUACGAUGAUGAUGGUGGAUUGCCGUGACGGAGGCGUCUCUGGUGGUGUCGUUACGGGCUCCGGCGUCGGUGGUUUCUCACCGCCAUCACUCUUGCGAGAACAGUUCGCCAAAGUUUGUUUUGAAACGCUGUUGCAGUUUUCAUUGGUCGAUGGCAUAUCGUCGUCAUCACCUCCGCCGACGGAUAACAACACGGUGAACAGUGGCAGUAACGAUUCCAACGCGGACGCCGAACUAAUUACCGGCAAACUUGCUGUUACUGCUUUGUUGCACAGAUUCCAAGAAGUUGUCGAGAAGUUCUGUCACGAUCAAAGUUUGACCGGAAAGUGCCCAUUGCCCAGGUCGAUAUACAAUAACCAAUAUACCGAACCAUAA